GUAAGUUGUAGUGUAAAAAGGAUUGAACAUUGUCUUCCCUCUUGAAUAAAUGUUAUACUGAUAGUUUUGAUUGACGCACCUUUACAUUUCGAAUAUAUAUUUCAUUAAUAGACGUUCAUCCUUAAAUCCUACCCUGCUAAGCGGUGGUGUAAGAAACUAACAAUCGUAUUUUUUUCCUGAAGAUGUCAUAUGUUACAUGUCAUCUAAUUGGAGCAUAAUAUUUGCAUUUUGAUUGUAAGGUAUUUUGUUAUUUUUCUGAUUCUGCAUAAACACUUGAUGAUCAUCGAUGUCAGGGAACUCAUAUGUGUUAAGUUUUGAGUAAGAAAUGUUUUGGCCGGUGUGAGUGAACUUCAAACGACCUAUAGUUAAUAACAAAUAAUUUUAAGGAAAGGUUUCAUACUUUGUUUAGUUUGGUAGAAGCAGGGAUGGAUAGCAGAAAAGGCAGUGCUGAGCUUCUGAAUGCCGAAAUAAUUAAUUCAAAACAUGCCAGCUCAGAUUCGCUAGCAUCAGACUCCAAGUCCAGCUCGUUAAAUUCAAAGUUGGGGCAGGAAUCGGUAAGUUCAAGCAAAGGCUCUCCUUCAAAGAGCUACAGCUCUUCCAGCUCAGCGUCCACUGAAAAUGUAGUUUCCGCUCUUGAAAGCAAAGUUAAGAACAAAACGAGCGCGGCGGAGCUCCCCGCGGGCCGGCCCGACGACCCCCCGCUCCUGCCCGGGGAGAAGGUCCACGGGGUGGCCCGGGAGGUGACCUACCUGUGCCCCUACAGCGGGCCGUCGCGCGGCGUCCUCUCCGUCACCAACUACAAGCUGCACUUCCGCAGCACGGACCGGGACACGCCCUACGUAGUGGCCGUGCCUCUUGGAGUGGUGAGCCGCAUUGAAAAAGUUGGUGGUGCUUCGAGCAGAGGCGAGAAUUCCUAUGGGAUAGAAGUAUUUUGCAAGGAUAUGAGAAAUCUCAGGUUCGCCCAUAAGCAGGAAAAUCACUCAAGACGAAAUGUGUUUGAAAAAUUGCAGCAGUAUGCAUUUCCACUAUCUCACAAACUCCCACUGUUUGCGUUUGAGUAUACCGAGACAUUCCCGGAAAAUGGCUGGACAGUCCACGAGCCAAUAGCAGAGCUUAAGAGAAUGGGUGUCCCGAACGACAUGUGGAAGAUCUCGAAGCUGAACGAGGGCUACGAGGUGUGCGACAGCUACCCCGGGGUGUGGGCGGUGCCGGCCCAGGCGUCGGACGACGACCUGCGCGCGGUGGCCGGCUUCAGGAGCCGGGGGCGCGCGCCCGUGCUGUCGUGGAUCCACCCGGAGAGCCAGGCGACGGUGACGCGCUGCUCCCAGCCGCUGGUGGGCGUGGGCGGCAAGCGCUGCCGCGAGGACGAGCGCUACCUGCAGCUGGUCAUGGACGCCAACGCCCAGUCCCACAAGCUGUUCAUCAUGGACGCCCGGCCCAGUGCAAAUGCUAUAGCAAAUAAAGCCAAAGGUGGAGGUUAUGAGUCUGAGGACGCCUAUCAGAAUGCUGAAUUGGUGUUUCUCGACAUACACAAUAUCCAUGUGAUGAGAGAGUCACUUAGAAAGCUGAAAGAACUGUGUUUCCCGAACAUUGAAGAAUCUCGCUGGCUGUCUGGGAUUGAGUCCACCCUGUGGCUGAAGCACAUAAAGUGUAUUCUGGCAGGAGCCGUGAGAAUCGUCGAUAAAGUGGAAAACCACAAGACUUCGGUUUUGGUCCACUGCUCCGAUGGCUGGGACAGGACAGCUCAACUGACAGCGUUGGCUAUGCUAAUGUUGGAUCCGUACUAUCGUACGAUCAAAGGAUUUGAAGUUCUUAUUGAGAAGGAAUGGCUGAGCUUUGGCCAUAAAUUCCAACAUCGUAUUGGCCACGGUGACGACCACCACUCGGACGCUGACAGAUCGCCCGUCUUCCUGCAGUUCAUCGACUGUGUCUGGCAGAUCACGACUCAGUUCCCCAACGCGUUUGAGUUCAACGACUACUUCUUGAUCACAAUCCUGGAUCAUUUGUACUCGUGUCGUUUCGGAACGUUUCUUUUCAACAGCGAUCGCGAGCGGGCGCUGGAGGGGGUGAAGCAGAAGACGGUGUCGCUGUGGUCGUACGUGAACUCCAGCGUGGAGGAGUACCGCAACCCGCUGUACUGGGCGUCCAGCUCCCAGCAGCUGGUGCUGGUGCCGGUCGCCAGCCUGCGCCACAUCAGGCUGUGGAAGGGCCACUACUGCCGCUGGAACCCUGCCAUGCGCCUGCAGGACCCGGUGUUCCAGCGGGCCCGGGAGCUGCUGGUGCUGAAGGAGCAGCUGGAGAGGCAGGUGGAGGAGUGUCGCAAGGAGCAGCUGGCCCGGGCCACGGCCGCCCGCAACAUGGCCACGCCCCCGCGCCUCGCCUCGCCCGUCCACAGCUAGUUCGCGACACUGCACCUCUGUGCCGCGUUCGUGUAACUAUGUUAAGCAUUGUUUCAUUUUGUUUGUUGUGAUGAAGCUGUUGGUUGAACUUGCAAAUUUAAAAUAAUUCAUUGUAAACUUCCAGAGACAUUUUCUGAACUAGGAACUAGAAAGAUUGGGAAAUAAAUCACUGUCUUGCUCUACGCAAAUGACGGAGUAUAUAUUGUAAUAACUGUAAAACAAUGUAAAUAUGUACCAAGCAACAAAAUUUGUGUGUUUUUGAAAAUAAUGAUAACAUAACAAUGGAUAAAAAUGCAUAUGUACCUA